AUGGACGGCGUAGAGGAGACUGAGGAGCCAGCCGACCAGGCCAAGCCAGAAAAUGACACUGUCCUGGAGGUUGGGACUGAGCUCUUCCCCGUCAACAGGUGGGACUUGGCCCGCCACAGCCGGUACUUCGAGGCCAUGUUCUACGGGGGCACCCGAGAGCGCGGCGAAAAGCACAUCUUGAUCAGGGGGGUUGAGACGGAGCCGUUCCGGGCCCUUCUCGACUUUGCCCAGACGGGCACAAUCGCCAUCACCCGCCACAAUGUGGCCAGCCUAGUGGAGACGGCCGACUUCCUCCAGUUCGACAGUGUGAAGAGACGCUGCGAGACGUUUCUGGAGAGGGAGCUGCACGUCUCCAACUGCCUCAGCCUGAUGGCCUACGCGAAGCAGUUCGCUUGUGCUGACCUCUACACGGCGGCCCUCGCUGUCGCGCUCAGUCACUGGACAGAGGUGGCCGCUCAAGAGGAAUUUGAAGACCUCCCCAAGGCCUCGCUGGUGGAGCUGCUGCAGAGCGACGAGCUCUUUGUGGCCCGGGAGGACGUGGUCUUUGACACGGUGAUGCGUUGGGUGGCGGCGGAGCCAGCGGGCAGGGAGCAGGACUUUCUGGAGCUUGUGAGCCUGGUCAGGGUCUCUUUCCUGAGCCUCUCCUUCUUGGACCUCCUGGUGAAGCGCAGCAAGCGGGCCGGGCAGGACUUUACAGCCAGCCUGGUGAAGAAGCUUGACAGCUGCCCACCCCCCAGUUGGAAGGACGUGGCCCAGUUGCCCUGCGUCAGCCGAAGCUACGAGACCCUCUACGUCCUGGCCGGGAAACACGACAAAGAGCAGCAGGAGCUUUUCCAGUUUCACCCCAAGAGCGCCACGUGGCAGGCCUGCGCUCCGCUCCAGCGCAAGAACCUCACCCAGUAUGCCCUGGCUGCAGUAGGGAAUUUCCUCUUUGUGACGGGGGGUUACUUCCGGGAGGAGUUUGUAUGGUAUACUGUGGACUGGGUGUUGAUCUAUAACAGCUGGGACAACAGCUGGCUGGAGGGACCGGCCAUGAAGAAGGCCCGAAACAGCCACUGCGCCGUGGGAGUCGGCUUCCACCUUUAUGUCAUGGGAGGCAGCACUGAAGACGGCAUCAUCCCAGACGUCGAGCGUUUGGCCCCAAAUGACUCCAGCUGGGAGGCCACGAGCCAGUUGGUGCACCCUGUGGAACGUGCGGGGGCCGUCAGCGUGGGGACCCACAUUUACGUGAUCUGCGGACUGGAUGAGAACGGAGACGUGUGCAGCGCCGUGCAGAGGCUGGAUGUGGAGACCGACGUUUGGGAUGUCAUCUCUUUCUCUCCACUUCCUAGGUACGACCUGUGUGUCACAGCCCUGAAUGGGGCCAUCUACACUAUCGGAGGGGGCGCCUUUCGCUUUGAUAUGGACACUGGCGAGUGGACCCCAGUGGACGAAGAAUGCUUGACCGAGAAGUUCUUUAAAGGGUGCAGUACAGUGAAUGGACGGAUUUACCUCCUAGGGCAAAGGCAAGGGAACUCCGCCAUACCAAACAUGGUUCUCUUGGACCCGUAUCUGGACAUGUGUCAGGAGGUGGACAAUAAGCUCCCUUGCCCUCUCCCCAUUCAUGGAACAGCCUCCAUACGGAGAUUUGACACAUGGGCAUAAAAGCGCCAAUGCCCAUGCUAAAAUGGGUUCGCCUUCCUCACAACAGUGCUCAAAAGAUGAGGAAAUGGGGCAGUGUCUCGUGUCGGCCAGUAACGCAGAACAGCCGUUGUGUUCAUGUGUCGACAUCUGGCACCAUCCCCACACACGUCACCACUCUAUUUACAAGUUUUCAGGCAAAAUACAUGCAAACAAAACGCUUCUCUAGGCCCAGCCUGAUUUGGGGCCUCUCGCCCACUCCAGCACUCCUUCAGUUCCUUUUGCAAAACUGCCUCAAAUUGAAAGAUGACUUGCAAACUGCGGCAGAGCAGGUGCUGAAACAGCCACAAGAGACACACACGGCACUGCUUCCCAGCUCUUUAUCAGCAGUAUUAUGAACAGUGUCUCAGAUUUGUUCACCACCACCUAAGGGGUCUUGAGUUGCAGACAGCUCCCUAAUUCCAACCCCCCCCCCCCAAAAAAAAAGAGAGGAA